GAAGACUGGACGCGCCCCCGCCAUGUGUGCUAACAACAACAAACUUGGUUAACGGAGAGAGGCCGGGCGGUUUUCAGCUGUAAUCGUGUGUACAGAGUGAGGAGCAGCAGCAGCAGCAACAACAACAACAGCAACAACAACAACAGCAGCAACAUGGCGGAGCAGAGGGCAGGGGAGGAGACAGGGGAGGUGGAAGGCAGUGUGCUCGUCAAGUUCGUCACUAAGCAAGACCAAUUUGCUGUGCCAGGCGCCUCAGUGGUGGUCGGAGCGAACAGUAACCCUAACAAGCUGAAUGAGAUCGUUCAUGCUUUCAUCAGACAAGGUUCGGAUCCCUCCAGAGACCUGCCCAAAAUGGAGUUUGUGGUGGAGGGGCAGCUGUUGGUGGGCAAGCUUGGCGACCGGCUGCAGGAGAGUGAGAGGAGCCUGGAGGGGGUCGUGGAGGUGGAGUACCUGGAGAAGCUGCCUCCGCCCACCCCGAAGGACUCCCUCCACCAUGACGACUGGGUGUCUGCUGUUCAGGCUACCGACCACUGGCUGCUGACAGGGUGCUAUGACAACACCCUACACCUGUGGUCCAUGCAGGGGCUGGCAGAGGGACAGGGGGACAGAGCCCAUCGCCUAACCAUCCCUGCUCACCGUGCCCCUGUCAAGGCUGUCGCGUGGGUGGACACUGAUGGACCCCUGCUGUCUUUUAUCAGCACCUCCAUAGACCAGACGGCGGUGGUGUGGGUGUGGUGCAGUGAUACCAAUGCCGUGGAGUGUGUUAGUGAGUGCCACGGUCACACCCAGAGCGUAGAGUGCGUAACGGUGGAUGAGAAGAAAGAAUAUUUUGCAACAGGAUCUUGGGACAACCUUCUUAAAAUUUGGACUACAGGAAAUCAGAAAGAGAAAGAGGAAGAGGAGAAUGAAGGAGAAGAACAAGAGAAGAAGAGGAGGAAAGCAAAAAAACCUCAGAAGAAGACCCCAAUCUUGACCUUAGCCGGGCACACGGAGAGCAUUGGGGGUGUGGUCUGGACUGGGUCAGGGGAGGUCACCACAGCCUCAUGGGACCACUCUCUCCGUGUGUGGGAUGCGGAGAUUGGGGGCGUAAAGUCUCAGGCCGUCGGAAACUGUGCAUUUUUCUGUGUUUCCUGGUCACCUCUGCACCGCGCCCUGCUCACUGGCUGUGCUGACCGUCAUAUUAGGCUGUACGACCCGCGGGAUACUGAGGGGUCAGUGGUGAAGCAGAAAUUUACGUCACACAGCAAAUGGGUGCCCAGUGUGAGGUGGAGCAGCACAGCAGAACACCUUUUUGUUUCUGGCAGUUACGACAACCUCAUUAAGCUGUGGGACGUGCGCAGCCCCCGCGCGCCCCUGUAUGACCUGACAGGCCACGAGGAUAAGGUGCUGGCUGUUGAUUGGUCAAACCCCAAGUACGUGGCCAGUGGGGGAGCGGAUUGUACCAGUAAAGUAUUUGCCACGUGAACUGAGAGAGAGAGAGAGAGAGAGAGAGAGAGUGUUAUUUUUGUUUUUUAUUAAUUUUUACUGUUUUGUUAGUUAAGGUGUGAGAGAGAGAGAGUUAUUUUUGUUUUUUUUAUUAAUUUUUUCUGUUUUGUUAGUUAAGGUGUGAGAGAGAGAGAGAGAGAGAGAGAGAGAGAGAGAGAGAGAGAGAGAGAGAGAGAGAGAGAGUUAUUUUUGUUUUUUUAUUAAUUUUUUCUGUGUUUUGUUAGUUAAGGUGUGAGAGAGAGAGAGAGAGAGAGAGAGAGAGAGAGAGAGAGAGUUAUUUUUGUUUUUUAUUAAUUUUUUCUGUGUUUUGUUAGUUAAGGUGUGAGAGAGAGAGAGAGAGAGAGAGAGAGAGAGAGAGAGAGAGAGAGAGAGAGAGAGAGUUAUUUUUGUUUUUUUUAUUAAUUUUUUCUGUUUUGUUAGUUAAGGUGUGAGAGAGAGAGAGAGAGAGAGAGUUAUUUUUGUUUUUUUUAUUAAUUUUUUCUGUUUUGUUAGUUAAGGUGUGAGAGAGAGAGAGAGAGUUUUUUUUUUUUAUUAAUUUUUUCUGUGUUUUGUUAGUUAAGGUGUGAGAGAGAGAGAGAGAGAGAGUUAUUUUUGUUUUUUUAUUAAUUUUUUCUGUGUUUUGUUAGUUAAGGUGUGAGAGAGAGAGAGAGAGAGAGAGAGAGAGAGAGUUAUUUUUGUUUUUUAUUAAUUUUUACUGUUUUGUUAGUUAAGGUGUGAGAGAGAGAGAGAGAGAGAGAGAGAGAGAGAGAGAGAGAGAGAGAGAGAGAGAGAGAGAGUUAUUUUUGUUUUUUUUAUUAAUUUUUUCUGUGUUUUGUUAGUUAAGGUGUGAGAGAGAGAGAGAGAGAGAGAGAGAGAGAGAGAGAGAGAGAGAGAGAGAGAGAGAGAGAAUAUUGUGUGUGUGUGCGUGUGUGUGUGUGUUAGACAGGCAAAUUGAAAGAAUUAUUGCAACAUUUACUAACAAGAAGGAAUACAAGAACGAAGAAGAAGAAGAGGAGGAGGAGGAGGAAGAGGAAGAAGAAGAAGAGGAAGACACGCAAGAAAUUAGUGUUAGUUACAAUGAUAAAAAUAAUAAUAGUAAUAGUAACAAUAAUAAUAAUAAUAAUUUGAUGAUGAUGAUGAUUAAUUAAUAAAAUAUUGAAGUGUA